CGGCUUCCGCCUGGGGGAGCGGCUGGAGGGGCGCCGCGCGGUCUGGCCGGGCCGGAGCAGCCGCCGCAGCUGCGGGAGGCAAAAAGGAUGCCAAAAAGAGCCUGCUCGACAACCGAGAAUCACAAGCAGCUUUAAAAAGGAAAGCAAAUCAAGCCAGCAAUCAAAUCUUUUCCACUUUCUCCAGAGAACCCCAAAACUCUUCUUCCCCAGCAGCGGACAGUCGAGGGAGAGAAAAACAAGAGGAGAGUUUUUCAGCUGGAAAAAAUUGAAUAUGUGAAACUCAAAUAUUAUAUGAAAAGAUCAAGGGAGAUAAUUUCCAAAUUGAGAAAAAGAAGGAAAUAUCUGUAAAUCAGUGGGGAGGAAGAGGUCACUUGGAUGGCCGCGUGGGGCAGAGAAUAACGCAAGCCUCACCCUGCGAGGAAGGAAACAGUAGCUUGAAUCAAAGCACCACCACACAAGGAAUCAGAAAUAGCUUUGAUCUCCUUGAGAAUCCAAGAAUAUCAGUGGUGGAAAAGCCCCACAGAGGUGCAUUUUGUGGGAAAAGCACAUACUACAGAUCACAGCUGAUCAUGCACAAGAGGACCCACACCAGCGAGAAGCCCUAUCAAUGUUCUCAGUGCGGCAAAAGCUUUAGCAAGCACGCCACCCUGGUGAAUCACAAGAGGACUCACACCGGGGAGAAACUGUAUGAGUGUCCGGAUUGUGUGAAAAGAUUCAGUUUGAAGUCCAAGCUGGUGAUACACCAGAGGACUCACACAGGAGAGAAACCAUAUCAGUGUCCGGAUUGUGGGAAAAGCUUCAGUCAGAAUUGCAGCCUGGUGUUACACCAUAGGACUCACACAGGAGAGAAACCGUAUGAGUGUCCAGACUGUGGGAAAAGUUUCAUUCGGAAUUCUGACCUCGUGAUACACCAGAGGACUCACACAGGAGAGAAACCGUAUGAGUGUCCAGACUGUGGGAAAAAUUUCAGUCGGAAUUCCAACCUGGUGAUACACCAGAGGAUUCACAGAGGAGAGAAACCGUAUGAGUGUCCGGAUUGUGGGAAAAGGUUCAGUCAGAAAUCCAGAUUGGUGAUACACCAGAGGACUCACACAGGAGAGAAACCGUAUGAAUGUCCAGAUUGUAGGAAAAGGUUCAGUCAGAAUGCCCACCUUGUGAUACACCAGAGAACUCACACAGGAGAGAAACCGUAUGAGUGUCCAGAUUGUGGGAAAGGUUUCAUUCGGAGUUCUGAACUGGUGAUGCACCAGAGGACUCACACAGGAGAGAAACCAUAUGAGUGUCCGGAUUGUGGGAAAAGGUUCAAUCAGAAUUCCAAGCUGGUGAAACACCAGAGGACUCACACAGGAGAGAAACCAUAUGAGUGUCCAGAUUGUAGGAAAAGUUUCAGUCAGAAUUCCCAGCUUGUGAAACACCAGCGGACUCACACAGGAGAGAAACCGUAUGAGUGUCCAGAUUGUGCGAAACGUUUUAGUCGAAUUUCCAACGUGGUCAUACACCAGAGGAUUCAUACAGGAGAGAAACCAUAUGAGUGUCCAGAUUGUGGGAAAAGGUUCAGUCAGAAUUCCUACCUGCUGAUACACCAGAGGACUCACACAGGAGAGAAACCGUACAAGUGUCUAGAUUGUGGGAAAAGUUUCAGUCGGAAUUCUGAACUGGUGAUACACCAGAGGACUCACACAGGAGAGAAACCGUAUAAGUGUCCGGAUUGUGGAAAAAGUUUCAGUCGCAUUUCCCACCUGGUGAUACACCACAGGACUCACACAGGAGAGAAACCAUAUGAGUGUCCAGACUGUGAGAAAAGUUUCAGUCAGAAUUCCCACCUGGUGGUACACCAGAGGACUCACACAGGAGAGAGACUGUAGGAGUAUCCAGAUUGUGGGAAAAGUUUCGUUUGGAAAUCCAACCUAGUGACACACCAGAGAAUUUACGCAGGAGAGAAACUGUAUGAAUGUCCGGAUUGUGGGAAAAGUUUCAGUACUAGGUCUAGCCUUAUAAAUCAUGUAGCUUUACGCAUUGGAGAGAAACCAUUCAAAUGCCCAGACUGUGGACGGUGCUUCACAACAAGCUCUUCCCUUAAGAGACACAAGGAAACCCACAUGAGGCAGAAGGUGAUGAGUGUAGAGAAGGCUUGAAUUUCACUUCUCAUCUCCCAUUGGACAUCCAGCUGAAAAGUUUCAUAUUUCAUUUCUGAGCUGAUUCUUUUUAGUCAAACAUGUCUCAGUAUUAGAGAUGAGGGAGGAGAGAAAAAUAAUGGAAAAUGUUAGUUUGGGAAAGGCUAACUACACCUUUCUGGCCACCAGCAGAACUUCCCAGUAAGCUGCUGUAGGCCCUAAAAGAUACAUGAAAAAAAGAUUGAAGCACUCAGAUUUUAUGAGAGAAGAUAUUAGGGAUGUUCGUGGCAGUGACAAAAGCCCUGUAAAGUUUCAGAUGGAAAGGCUGUUCUGCCUCGCAGUUGAAGGUGAUGGAAAAGAGCUGCAGGAAUACGGAGUUGAGGAGAAAAGGCAUUAUGGUUCUGAGCGCAGGAAGGACCUUCAGGUUUAGGAACAGCCCCUGCUGUGAUCGUGUUUGCCUGGCGGUGCCUGCUUGUUAGCCUUUCGUGGCUCUGGGUGACAGCAGCGCCAGGAGGCUGACCCCUUUGCUACAUCCCCCUUGGUGGUGGGUAUAGAGGAAAGAGUUGCCCAGUGGGAGAGGUUUCCUUUCCAGAAAUGCAUUGUGUAAGAACCAUUUGUGCCUUUUGAGAAGGAAAGAUACUGGGUAGUGUCAGCGUUGCUGUGAACGUGGGGCCAAGGUGAGGGACAGCUCCCUUCCCAAGGCAUGGGAGAUGUUUCCAUUUCUUUCACUCCUCUCUCCGGGCUUCUUUUUGAAUUUUCCCCAGAAAUCCCUACAAGUAAAGAGGAACAUUAUUUGGAGCCGCUAAGUGGCAUUUUAGCUAUGCAGAUGAAUGAUCCUGAUUUUGCUGAGUUCACAAGACAGCAAAGAAUUCAAGGUUUGUUCAUUUCAGGAGCCCGAUUCAGAGAUCAGCUUAUAAUGCCUUUUUUCCCUAGGAGAUGACUUUGCAUAUGAUCCCUUUGCAGAAGGACACUGAAGAGCCGGGACCAGGCCGGGGGUGGGGAGGAAGCAAGAGGCUCUUUUGGCCUGAGCCUCCAAAUCCGAGUGGCUUCACAUUUAAAGCACUCAUGAGUUAAUCCUGCUAUCGCUUCCAUCUGUCAGAUGCAAAAGGAUGUUUUUUCAGGAGCUGGUGAAUUUCUGCCUCUUUUGCAACCCUUGAAGGAUGGAAGUUCAAGGCGGUGGGUUGGCGAGAGGAGGAGAAUCGCAGCCUGGGCCUUCUGCCGAGACCCACCAGCUUCGUUUCACGCCUCUCUUUCUUUUGAGGGAGGGGAAUGGGGAGGGGAGUAGAGGCCAUCUAGUCUGUCCCCAGGAACUCUUGGCCUGCUUGUUGCUCCAGACCCUGCAACCUCUCCUGCUCAGCACAGACCCCCAUUCAGGGCAGUGGCUGCAACCAUCCACCCCACAGCCCCUUAACCUGAAAUCCCCCUUAACCUGAAUUCCCUCUUGUGCUUAGCCCAGACUACCAGAUCUAGAAAGAUUCCAGAUGCCCCACAUGUACCAGCCACCCUGGGAUCCCCCAUUCCUGAGAAGUGAUCUGAGGGAUCAACUGCUCUCUCCUCAGCAGAGCCCCAACCUUUUCUUCCUUCCUGGGAUCCCCAUUGUUUCUCCAUCUCAUCUCUCCCGGCACUGAAUCCACAGCAGCUGCAUCUAUGUCAAUUCCCUUUGCUUUUUUAUAUAUCAAAUUUAUUCCCCACCCAUCUCACUCAGAGAGGAAUGUUUUAUGUAAAAUAGGAAUAACACAUUAAUUAAAAUACAAUAAAACAAUA